AUGAAGCUCGUCUCUCUUUCGCUCGUGGCAAUUGGUUUCGCGCAGACGGCGCUGGGCGGCCUCGUCAUCACCCCGAUCGAAAGCGACCAAGUUGUCGAGAAGACCUCAGGAGACUGCUUCUUUGGUGUCGUGACGCCUCAAGGAUGCGGACCCUUGAGACCUUUUUGA